AUGUUUACCGGCGAAAAAAUCAAUAAUACUGAAGAUCGAGCGGUACUGCAUACCGCGUUACGCAAUAUCACGAAUACCCCGAUUAAGGUCGAUGGUGUGGAUGUCAUGCCGCAGAUUAAUGCCACCAUUGAUAAAAUGGAGGUGUUUGCCGAUAAGGUGCGUCAUGAAAAAUGGACAGGUUAUACCGGUAAAGUGAUUACGGAUAUUGUCAAUGUCGGUAUUGGCGGCUCAGACUUGGGGCCGAAGAUGGUGUAUCAGUCACUCAAACCGUAUUGGCAUAAGCGCUUAAAGGUGCACUUUGUUUCUAAUGUUGAUGGUGCACAUACAGAUGCAACUCUAGAAAAACUCGAUCCAGAAACGGCGUUAUUCAUUAUCUCCUCCAAAACCUUCACUACACAGGAAACCCUGAGUAAUGCACAUGUUGCGCGUGACUGGUUCUUAGGCACAGCCAAGGAUGAGGCGCAUAUCUGUAAACAUUUUGUCGCGGUGUCUGCCAAUAGUGAUGCGGUUAAAAAAUUUGGUAUCGACCUUGAAAAUAUGUUUGAGUUUUGGGAUUGGGUUGGUGGGCGCUACUCACUCUGGUCAGCGAUUGGCUUGUCGGUGAAAAUGCUCGCUGGGGCACAUUCGAUGGAUCAGCAUUUUCGCGAAGCACCGCGAAAAAAUAUGCCCGUUCUACUGGGGAUGUUAGGAGUUUGGUAUAACAACUUUUUCAAUGCUGAGUCUCACGGAAUUUUUCCCUACGAUCAUUACCUUCGUAGUCUGCCGAUGUAUCUGGAGCAGGCGGAUAUGGAAAGCAAUGGCAAAUCGGUGGAUCGCGAUGGGCGGCGUGUGGAUUAUGCGACCGGGCCGAUUAUUUGGGGAAUGACGGGCAUUAAUGGUCAACACGCGUUUUAUCAGUCGAUCCAUCAGGGAACCAAAAUGGUGCCGUCAGAUUUUAUUGUUUCCAUGCUGACCCAUAGCGUACAUCAAGAGCAGCAUAAUAUUAUGUUUGCCAAUGCCUUAGCUCAGACUGAAGCGCUCAUGCGGGGGCGUAAUCUGGAUGAAACCUAUGCGGAUAUUGUGGCGGGGAAACGUUCGACUAAGGGCUUGGAAGACAGGAUUCAUCAUAUGGUGUUUGAGGGGAAUCAUCCAACUAAUACAUUGUUAAUACGCCAGUUAACACCUAGAACUUUAGGCAUGCUGAUCGCACUGUAUGAACACAAAAUUUUUGUGCAAGGUAUUGUCUGGAAUCUCAAUUCAUUUGAUCAAUGGGGAGUGGAGUUAGGCAAACAGCUGACAAAUAAUAUUUUGCAGGAUAUUAAUCAGCCGAAUCCCGUUACGUCUCAUGAUGGUUCAACCAACACACUGAUAAAUUAUUAUCGUGAUGUUAUUCAUG